AUGUUGCGCAGAUCCAUAGACGUACCUCUUCGAGACUCCGAUGAGGUCAUUGAGCUAUACUUUGACCAACUUCCAGAAGCGGAUGAAGUGAUAAGUAUCUUUAAACAAGAACAUACCCAGCUGCACAUAUGGAUUGUAUUGGCACUGGAGUAUUACAAACAGGGGAAAAUCGAAAAUUUUGUGAAACUGCUGGAGGCUGCACGUGUUCAUGGCAACUUAGACUAUCAGAACUACAAAAAAGACCAGAUGGCUUGUCUGGAUACGCUUGCUGCGUUUUAUGUGCAACAAGCACGCACAGAGAAAAAUACAGGCAACAAGAAAAAGCUUAUUAAUCUGGCAACUCUCCUGUACUCCAUGGGCGAUAAAAUCAUUAUGUACGAUCAGAACCACUUGCUAGGAAGAGCGUGCUUCUGUCUCCUGCAAGGCGGCAUGGUAGACCAGGCAGAUGCCCAAUUCCACUUUGUGCUCAACCAGUCUCCAAAUAACAUACCAGCUCUGCUUGGUAAAGCGUGCAUCUCCUUUAACAAGAAGGACUACAGAGGCUCACUAGCUUGCUAUAAGAAAGCCCUGCGUACAAACCCAGGCUGCCCUGUGGAUGUCUGGAUGGGUACGGGGUUUUGCUUUGCGAAACUAAACAAGCCAGAAAAAGCUUGCUUGGCCUUUAGACGGGCGCUAAAACUGAAUACACAGUGCGUAGGAGCCUUGGUUGGUUUGGCUGUUCUGGAGUUGAACAGCAAAGAGACAGAUUCCAUAAAAAACGGUGUCCAAUUACUCUCAAAUGCCUACUCAAUAGAUCCAAGUAAUCCUAUGGUACUGAAUCAUUUGGCCAACCAUUUUUUCUUUAAGAAGGAUUACAGCAAAGUACAACAAUUGGCCCUCCACGCAUUUCACAACACAGAGGUAGAAGCCAUGCAGGCAGAAAGCUGCUACCAGCUCGCCAGAUGCUUCCAGGUGCAGGAAGAUUAUGUAUUGGCCUUCCAUUACUAUUACCAAGCUACCCAGUUUGCAGCCGCCAUGUUCGUCUUGCCCUUUUUUGGUUUAGGGCAAAUGUACAUUUACAGAGAAGACAAAGUGAACGCAGCGCACUGCUUUGAGAAGGUUCUCAAGGUAUAUCCUAACAAUUAUGAGACUAUGAAAAUCCUUGGGUCCUUGUACGCUGCUUCCGAUGACCCUGGAAAGCGUGACAUUGCAAAGAACCAUCUUAAGAAGAUAAAUGAACAGAACUCAGAUGACUUGGAGGCUUGGAUUGAACUGGCACAACUCUUAGAACAGACAGAUAUUCAGGAUGCCCUUUCAGCCUACGGUGCAGCGACCCAAAUCCUUCAGGAGAAAAUCCAGGCAGAUGUCCCUCCUGAGAUCUUAAAUAAUGUUGGAUCACUUCAUUUUCGCUUAGGAAACCUUGGAGAGGCAAAGAAAUAUUUCUUGGCUUCGCUGGACCAAGCCAAGGCUAAAGGUGAACGCAACAAGCGUUACUACAGCGCCAUCUCAGUUACCACCACCUAUAACCUUGCACGACUCUAUGAAGCUCUCUGUGAAUUCCAGGAAUCAGAGAAGCUCUACAAGAAUAUUCUGAGAGAACAUCCCAACUAUGUGGAUUGUUACUUGCGUCUUGGAGUCAUGGCACGAGACAAAGGGCAUUUUUAUGAGGCCUCUGAUUGGUUUAAAGAGGCGCUACAGAUUAAUCAGGAUCACCCCGAUGCCUGGUCCUUGAUUGGAAACCUUCACUUGGAAAAACAGGAAUGGGGACCGGGGCAAAAGAAAUUUGAGCGCAUUUUAAAGCAGCCAUCCUCUCAAAAUGACCCUUACUCCAUGUUGGCACUGGGCAAUGUGUGGCUUCAGACUCUGCAUCAUCCCAUCAGGGACAGGAAAAAGGCAAAGCGGUACCAAGACAGAGCACUGGAGAUGUAUACACAGGUCCUGAGGAUUGACCCAAAGAAUAUAUAUGCAGCAAAUGGCAUAGGGGCUGUGUUGGCACACAAGGGUUAUGUGCGAGAAGCACAUGAUGUAUUUUCCCAAGUUAGAGAAGCAACAGCAGAUGUCAGAGACGUAUGGCUGAACCUGGCCCAUAUCUACGUGGAGCAGAAGCUAUACAUUGCCGGGGUUCAGAUGUAUGAAAACUGUCUGCGAAAGUUUUACAGGCACCAAAACACAGAAGUUCUUCUGUACUUGGCACAUGCACUCUUUAAAUGUGGCAAAUUUCAUGAAUGUAAACAAAUUUUACUGAAGGGUAGACAUAUAGCACCUGUUGAUACAGUUCUGAUGUUUAAUGUGGCUUUAGUGCUUCAACAACUUGCAACCACAGUCUUGAAAGAAGAAAAGAGUAGCCUUAAGGAAGUAUUAAAUGCUGUGAAGGAGCUAAACCUGUCUCACAGAUAUUUCAAUUAUUUGAGCAAAGAAGGAGACAAAACAAGGUUAAACUUGGCUUAUGCAUCUACAGAAGCUCAGCAAUGCUCAGAUCUCCUGAGCCAAGCUCAGUAUCAUGUGACUCGUGCACGCGAGCAAGAUGAAGCGGAGAAAGAGUUGCAAGUAAAACAGGAACAAGAGAACGAACUCAUACGCCGGAACGUCUUGCAGGAACAGGAAGAGAAACGUCUCAAAGAAAUUGAGGAACAGAAGAAGCUUUUGGAGCAGAGAGCUCAGUAUGUGGAGAAAACAAAGAAACUUCUUCAAUUCACCGUAGAGACGGUAGGACUAAAAGACAAGAACCAGGGCAAAGGAGGCAGAAAGGGGACUGUUUUAUAG